CUCCCUGGAAAUAGCUCGAGCCUUCCCGGAAAUGUGAGGACUGUGGUGUCAGUGGGCCUUUCCCAGCUGAGAGGCUGCUCACCUUCUGACAGGACAGGCUCAGCUGGGCCCAUAGGUGGGGCCGGCAAGAUGCUGAAGUUCCAGACAGUUAAAGGGGGCCUGAGGCUCUUGGGGAUUCGCCGAACCUCCACUGCCUCCGCUGCCUCCCCAAAUGUCCGGCGCCUAGAGUACAAGCCCAUCAAGAAAGUCAUGGUGGCCAACAGAGGUGAGAUUGCCAUCCGAGUGUUCCGGGCCUGCACGGAGCUAGGCAUCCGCACUGUGGCUGUCUACUCAGAGCAGGACACGGGGCAGAUGCACCGGCAGAAAGCGGAUGAAGCCUAUCUCAUUGGCCGUGGCCUCACGCCGGUGCAGGCCUACCUGCACAUCCCAGACAUCAUCAAGGUGGCCAAGGAGAACAACGUGGACGCUGUGCACCCUGGCUACGGGUUCCUGUCUGAACGUGCAGAUUUCGCCCAAGCCUGCCAGGAUGCUGGCGUCCGCUUCAUUGGGCCGAGCCCAGAGGUGGUCCGCAAGAUGGGAGACAAGGUGGAGGCCCGGGCCAUCGCCAUUGCUGCAGGUGUCCCUGUGGUCCCUGGCACGGACGCCCCCAUCACUUCCCUACACGAGGCCCAUGAGUUCUCUAACACCUACGGCUUCCCCAUUAUCUUCAAGGCCGCCUAUGGGGGCGGGGGCCGUGGCAUGAGGGUCGUGCACAGCUACGAGGAGCUGGAGGAGAACUACACCCGGGCCUACUCUGAGGCUCUGGCGGCCUUCGGGAAUGGAGCGCUGUUCGUGGAGAAGUUCAUUGAGAAGCCGCGCCACAUCGAGGUGCAGAUCUUAGGGGACCAGUAUGGGAACAUCCUGCACCUGUAUGAGCGGGACUGUUCCAUCCAGCGGCGGCACCAGAAAGUGGUGGAGAUUGCCCCUGCUGCCCACCUGGACCCCCAGCUUCGGACGCGGCUCACCAGUGACUCUGUCAAGCUUGCUAAGCAGGUGGGCUACGAGAAUGCUGGCACCGUGGAGUUCCUGGUGGACAAGCACGGCAAGCACUACUUCAUCGAGGUCAACUCCCGCCUGCAGGUGGAGCACACGGUCACCGAGGAGAUCACAGAUGUGGACCUGGUCCAUGCACAGAUCCACGUGGCUGAGGGCCGAAGCCUGCCUGACCUGGGCCUGCGACAGGAGAACAUCCGCAUCAACGGCUGCGCUAUCCAGUGCCGGGUCACGACGGAGGACCCUGCACGCAGCUUCCAGCCCGACACAGGCCGCAUCGAGGUGUUCCGCAGUGGGGAGGGCAUGGGCAUCCGCCUUGACAACGCCUCUGCCUUCCAAGGAGCCGUCAUCUCACCCCACUACGACUCCCUCCUGGUCAAAGUCAUCGCCCAUGGCAAAGACCACCCCACAGCCGCCACCAAGAUGAGCCGAGCCCUCGCUGAGUUCAGAGUCCGAGGCGUGAAGACCAACAUCCCCUUCCUGCAGAAUGUGCUCAACAACCAGCAGUUCCUGGCAGGAACCGUGGACACCCAGUUCAUCGACGAGAACCCUGAGCUAUUCCAGUUGCGGCCCGCACAGAACCGGGCCCAGAAGCUGCUGCACUACCUUGGACAUGUCAUGGUGAAUGGCCCUACCACCCCAAUCCCUGUGAAGGCCAGUCCAAGCCCCACGGACCCCAUCGUCCCUGCAGUGCCCAUAGGCCCACCUCCAGCUGGGUUCAGGGACAUCCUUCUGCGAGAGGGGCCUGAGGGCUUUGCUCAAGCUGUGCGAAAACAUCAGGGGCUGCUGCUGAUGGACACGACCUUCAGGGAUGCCCAUCAGUCACUGCUGGCCACUCGUGUGCGCACCCAUGAUCUCAAAAGGAUUGCACCCUAUGUCGCCCACAGCUUCAACAAGCUCUUCAGCAUGGAGAACUGGGGAGGAGCCACAUUUGAUGUUGCAAUGCGCUUCUUAUAUGAGUGUCCCUGGCGGCGGCUGCAGGAGCUCCGGGAGCUCAUCCCCAACAUCCCAUUCCAGAUGCUUCUACGGGGGGCCAAUGCAGUGGGCUACACCAACUACCCUGACAAUGUGGUCUUCAAGUUCUGUGAGGUGGCCAAAGAGAAUGGCAUGGAUGUCUUCCGGAUCUUUGACUCCCUCAAUUACUUGCCCAACAUGCUGCUGGGCAUGGAGGCAGCAGGCAGUGCUGGGGGUGUGGUGGAGGCUGCCAUCUCAUAUACAGGUGACGUGGCCGACCCCAGCCGCACCAAAUACUCGCUGCAGUACUACAUGAGCUUGGCGGAAGAGCUGGUGCGAGCUGGCACCCACAUCCUGUGCAUCAAGGAUAUGGCAGGGCUGCUGAAGCCAGCAGCCUGCACCAUGCUGGUUAGCUCCCUCCGGGACCGCUUUCCUGACCUCCCGCUGCACAUCCAUACCCAUGACACAUCAGGGGCAGGUGUAGCAGCCAUGUUGGCCUGUGCCCAAGCUGGCGCUGACAUAGUGGAUGUGGCAGCUGACUCCAUGUCCGGGAUGACCUCACAGCCCAGUAUGGGCGCCCUAGUAGCCUGUACCAAAGGGACUCCUCUAGACACAGAGGUACCCCUGGAACGCGUAUUUGACUACAGUGAAUACUGGGAGGGGGCUCGGGGACUUUAUGCUGCCUUUGACUGCACGGCCACCAUGAAGUCUGGCAACUCGGAUGUGUAUGAGAACGAGAUCCCAGGGGGCCAGUACACCAACCUGCACUUCCAGGCCCACAGCAUGGGGCUUGGCUCCAAGUUCAAGGAAGUCAAAAAGGCCUAUGUGGAGGCCAACCAGAUGCUAGGGGACCUCAUCAAGGUGACUCCUUCCUCCAAGAUUGUGGGGGACCUGGCCCAGUUCAUGGUGCAGAAUGGCUUGAGCCGGGCAGAGGCUGAAGCGCAGGCUGAAGAGCUGUCCUUCCCCCGCUCCGUGGUAGAGUUCCUGCAAGGCUACAUUGGUGUCCCCCAUGGGGGGUUCCCUGAGCCCCUUCGCUCUAAGGUGCUAAAGGACCUUCCAAGGGUAGAGGGGCGGCCUGGAGCCUCCCUCCCUCCCCUGGAUCUGCAGGUGUUGGAGAAGGAGCUGAUAGAGCGGCACGGGGAGGAAGUGACCCCAGAGGACGUACUUUCAGCAGCCAUGUACCCCGAUGUCUUUGCCCAAUUCAAGGACUUCACUGCCACCUUUGGCCCCUUGGAUAGCCUCAAUACCCGCCUCUUCCUGCAGGGACCCAAAAUUGCAGAGGAGUUUGAGGUGGAGCUAGAGCGGGGCAAGACACUGCACAUCAAAGCCCUGGCUGUGAGUGACCUGAACCGGGCUGGCCAGAGGCAGGUUUUCUUUGAGCUCAACGGGCAGCUGCGGUCCAUCCUGAUCAAGGACACCCAGGCCAUGAAGGAGAUGCAUUUCCACCCUAAAGCUCUGAAGGAUGUGAAGGGCCAAAUUGGGGCACCCAUGCCUGGAAAGGUGAUUGAUAUCAAGGUGGUGGCGGGAGCUAAGGUGACCAAAGGCCAGCCUCUGUGUGUGCUCAGUGCCAUGAAGAUGGAGACUGUGGUGACUUCGCCCAUGGAGGGCACUGUCCGCAAGGUCCACGUAACCAAGGACAUGACGCUGGAAGGUGAUGACCUCAUCCUGGAGAUCGAGUGACCCUGUCCCAGGCUAGCAGCCUGGCCACCCCCACCCGAUACCUUCAACAGAAGCUGUGCUGCCAGGUCAGGCCCAGGCAAGCUGGUGCCCAAGAGCAGGAAGGCCUGGCCCUGGAGGUCCUGUGCUCAGUGGGACAGCGAAGACUCCCGCAGAGGCCCAUUCCCUUCAACCAUCUGUCCUUUCCUCACUGGUGGACAGCUGCUUACAUAUUCAUCUCUUGCCAAGUAAGGGUCCUCUCCUCAUGGGAGACUACAGGUGGAGGAGUAGAUGGUCUUAGGACCCGGAGAAGGUUAAGGGGUCCUACCUCCUGGUUGUAGGGGAGACGUAAACCCCAGAUCUUGGGACAUUUGCUCAAUAAAACGCUUUCCUCUGCCCUCCA